AGACCCUCCCUCAUGGAUUCUCUGAGCAGUCUGGUGGCAGUGGCUCAGGAAGGCUUCCGAAAAGACCAGGAGGAUUGGAAAAAACAUUCCGAUGUACUGCAUAGGAAGCCUACGAAGAUGACUGGAGCCAUUCCCCACAUGAGCACCUCGUUGGCUGUUAUUUGCCUGGUCCUGAAUAUCCUAGCUCCUGGCACAGGUACUGUUCUGUCUGGGUUCUCACUUCUGUGCUGCUCAGAGCCUCGGACCCUCCCCAGCCACAAGAGCAGUGACGAAACCCUGGCUUUGGUUUGCCUAAAUGUUUGGGUGGGCAUCGCUCAGCUCUUCACUGUGCCCUUUCUACUGGUGGGUUGGCUCUGGAGCAUAACCUGGGGAGUGAUGAUGGUCAACCUAUCGUGUGAACGGAAGAGCCCUGCCAAACCUCAAACCACCAUCGCUGGAAUGAAAAGCCCAGUCGUGUUCCUGCCUUCCUGGAUGAGUGACCCUGUAAAAUAAGAUCAAUUUGAACUUUUGACCUGUUCAGGUCAGUCCUCCAUCAUAAA